AGCAAAAAUGGCGAAUUAUGUAAAUAGGAUGGUAAAUUCCAUUUUUACUUCAAAUUCUUUCUUUUCUUUUUUCUUUUUGUUUUUUCAAAAUUUGGGGAUUAUAAACAGAAGGAGAUGGAUGUCAUCUUCCCACUCACAUGCUCAACAUUUCCUUCCCUUCCUUCUCCUUAAAGACGCGAAAGAAGAAAAUUUUAACAUCGAAGCUUUCAUUUUUAAUUUGAAUUUACCUUUAAAGUUUCAAUCUUUAUUUUGUUGUUUUGCAUAAUAAAAUUUCAAUCUUCUUCUUGAGCCUCUCCAAUUUAAUUUGGUAAAUAAACCCGUAUAUAUUUAUGGGCAGAUCAGUCAAAUGAUUUAUCUAGCAGAGUACUUGAUCACAACCAUUUUUAUUGGCAAUCACGGUGAUUAUUCUUGUUAGCAACAUGAAUUCUAUGUGCUUUGUGGUUUGCUGGUAUGGAGGUCAGAAGAUCUGUGCUACUCAUUAUCGUUGGAUGGUUAGUUUGUGUUUGGCUUUUUCAAUGGAGGGUCGUAAAAGAAUUGCAGCUGAAAUGUGGAUGCCAUUGGUAGAUACAUAGUACUAUAGUGUUAUUAGGGAACUAGUUUUGUUGGAACCAUUUCAUUGCUCUUCAGUGACAUCGUUAGAAUUGGAAGACUUGAAUUCCAUUCUUUUUAUAUUCUAGAUGAAUUUGAACAAUUAGAACUGAUUAGAAAAGAGCGAAUUGUAUAAAAGUAAAAAAGGCAAACACGAGUGAGCAAGGAAGAGGGAGAAUAACUUAUUUAGCUCCAUUUGGAUAAGUCAGUACACCAUUCUCUGCAAUUUUAGCGAUGGGGUUGCCACAAGUUUCCUCAGAUGAUAGUGCUGAGGAAGAUGAAGCAGCAUCAGUGGGUGCAUUUUUGCAAAGCCCACCUCGGUUUGGAGGUGUCAGCACCUGUGAUUUAGAUGGAAUGCACAGAGGAAGGUUGAGCCAGACUAUUGGGGAUUCUUUGUGUUCUUCGCUAGGAGAUUUUCAGAGGAAGACUUCUUUGGAGCUUUCAAAGUUUUCAGAUGAUUGUUUGAAAUUUGGAGGUAAAAUGAAUGCUUCAACUACUGUUCAUGGUCUCAAGAUUGGCUCUGCCAAUGUGGUUGGAUCAUUAGCCAUUCCUAGAAGUGAACGGAAGGCCCAAAAUCCUGUUUCUAGGAUUGUGGGGUUUGAAUCACAAGGGACAAGUAAGGUUGUUCAUUCUUCUUCUGUUGGUGUCAAAGCUAAUGAAAUAGAUUCCAGUGGGUCUUUAGUCAGGAAACGACUAUUGUCACCAUUAAAUAACAUGCUUUACUCAGAUCAAUUUAGAGGUGACCCUCUGGACACUAGCUACAGAAGCACUCAAGUGAACUCCUGUUCCUUAGCUGAUAAGCAUAGGGUUUCUGUCUCACAAGACAGUAAGAAAGCAAAUAUUGGCAGUAAAGUGAAUGUCACAGCAUCAUCCUGGUCCUUGUCGAGCUGCUUGGAAAAUGGAAACAUCCCUUUUGACAAAGUUGGAACUGCAUCUGUAUUUUUCACGGAUGGUCCUUUACUGAAAAACAAGGAACCUAAUUUUUUGUAUUCAACUCGGCUUGAUCAAUUCCGAAAAUCAAGUAAGGUGAGGUCCCGAACUGGAGAAAUAUCUAUAUCUCCCCAAAUGGCAACCUUACCUCCUGUUUCUUUAUCACCACUUGGCCCAAAGUUCAGUGAAAGAAUGACAACUGCAGGAGGAUGCAGGAAUCUUAAAAAGGAUAUGGAUGAUUGUUGUUCAACCCUCAAGAAUAUAGAACAACCAGUUGAAAGGUUUGAUGCUGGUAUUAUAUUUGCCCCUGAAGAAGAGGAGUUUGAGAUUACAAACAGAUCAUUUGAAGAUAUUGGGUUUUUGCAAAAAGAAUUUCACCCUUCUUCUCUGGAAAGCGCUGUUGGAUUAAGCUGGCCUUCGUGUCAGGAAACAGGCCCCGCAUCUCCAUGUAUGAGAUUUAUCAAAGGUUUGAGUGGACUUCCUGUUAGGAGGUCCUUGGUUGGUUCAUUUGAGGAGUCGCUACUGUCUGGAAGGUUCUUUUCUGGAAAACUCAGUCAGAGGAUUGAUGGUUUUCUGGCUGUUCUAAGCAUAACUGGAGGGGCCUUCUCACCACAAUCACAAAAGCUUCCGUUUUCAGUAACCAGUGUGGAUGGAGAUUGCUUUUUACUCUAUUAUGCAUCCAUAGAUCUUUCAAGGAAUUCAUCAUCAAAUAAGUGCCGAGAUCAAAAGCUUAAAAGAGUCCUUAGCCAUGAUGGAUCACAACCUGUAAGAAGCCGGUUGUGUAUUCCUAUGAAAGGGCGCAUACAAUUGGUUCUUAGCAAUCCAGAGAAAACACCUCUUCACACUUUCCUUUGCAACUAUGAUCUGAGUGACAUGCCAGCUGGUACUAAGACAUUUGUACGCCAGAAGAUUACACUAGCAUCUUCUAGUCCAAAUUCUGCAGAGCUAAAACGGGGGCAUAUAAGUUUUGACACCAAUGUCCAUAACAAGGUGAGGCCAACCCCACAGAAAAGUUCUUCUUUAAGCCAUAAUAGAGGUGGAGUGGAUAGUAGUGGUUCUGAAGGGCUGGAUUUGCUGGAAUCAAUGCAAAUGAGUGGCUGCAACAAUGACGAAUGCAAGGACAACACCGGCAUUAAUGCAUGUCAGAAAACUGACCGGAAACUUUCCCAUGGUUAUGCUAAGAUCAAUGAAAACACUAAUGUUGCUGGUUCACUGCGUUAUGCUCUUCAUCUCCGAUUCCUAUGCCCUUCCCCUAAAAAAUGUUCAAAGUCAUUUCAGAGAUGUAAAUCUGAUCCAGGAUCAGUGCCAGAAAAGACUGGCUUUGACAGGGAUGGGAAUAGGAGAUUCUAUUUAUACAAUGACUUGAGAGUUGUGUUCCCUCAACGCCAUUCAGAUUUUGAUGAGGGCAAGUUGAACGUGGAAUACCAUUAUCCAGAAGACCCGAGAUACUUCGAUAUCAGCAACUGAAACAUCUAAUUUACAUCACCAAAGCAUGAUUUCUUUUGCCGACUUUGUACAUGGUUAUCACAUGUUUCAUUUCAGUCAUCUCAUCUCGAAAUGGCACUAACACUUAUCAACCUGUUUAUACCUUUAUUCUUAAAUAAUUUGAUGGGUUAAACAUUGUUAAACUUGGCCUCCUAGCCUUGUUGAAAACUAUGAAUAUUUUUGCUUUCACCUUAAAGAGCUUCAAUGAAGCAAGAGACGAAAAGGUUUCUAGACUAGACAAGGGAAACAAAGUAGAAUGGUGGAAAAAUGGAAGUGAAUGAGAUGAAACAAACAAGAAUGGUGGUAAAAUGGGAGUUCCCUGAAAGCCAUUGGACCGAGUCCUGACCAAUCUCUGCCGUGAUCAGGAUGGGUUUCCACUUUUUUGGGCAAAAUAGAAGCCCAAUCUGAACAGGUCUCGAGGAAGCAAGGCUUCUUAAGCCCAUUUCAAUGUACGUACUUUUUGGAGACACUAGAAGCCCAAAAUCCAACAGGUCGAAACAAGGCUUGUUUAUCCGAGUUAUACUCUUGGGCUUUGGGUAUGUUACUCUACGCCCAAUGGACAUGUAUGCAUGCAUGCAUUCAAUUAAGUUUAUUACAAACGACUGAA